UAGGGUGUGAGGGGGUUGUGUCGCUCUUUGAGACUCACUCCCUUCUCCAGAUGUCACAGGGUGUAUGUGACACAUGGCAAAAGUGGCUCCAGGUACAGAAGUCUCAUUCACCCAUGGGAAGUGACUGAAGGAGGAAGUUCAAGGGUGAGAGUGAGUGCCAGCAGAAGGCUGGGAGAUGGAUUGGAGUUUGUAGUUCAUUCCUGCUGCCAGGCUCCACCGAGGGGAACGGGGACCGCUUUGAAGAGAAGAUGCCCCUGCUGAUGCUCUUCUCCCUCUUCUUCUGGAUCUCAGGCUACCCCAUUGCCACUGAAAUCACUGGUCCAACCACGGUGAACGGCCUGGAGCGGGGCUCAUUGACUGUGCGGUGUGCUUACGGCUCACAGUGGGAAACCUACUUGAAGUGGUGGUGUCGAGGAGCUAUUUGGAGUAACUGUGAGAUCCUUGUUAAAACCACUGGAUCAGAACAGGAGGUGAAGGGGGACCGGCUGUCUAUCAGGGAUGAUCAGAAAAACCACACAUUCACCGUGACCAUGAAGGAUCUCAGAAGAGAUGAUGCUGACACUUACUGGUGUGGGAUUGAGAGAACUGGAACUGACCUUGGGGUCAAAGUUCAAGUGACCAUUGACCCAGCACUGGUCACCCUGGAAGAAACCAGUAGCUCCCCAACUCUGAACAGCUACCACUUGGACAACAGGUACAAACUCCUGAAGCUCAGAGUCCUCCUGCCCCUCGUCUUCAGCAUAUUGCUGCUUCUCUUGGUGGCCGCCUCGCUCUUGGUUUGGAGGACGAUGAAGCGCCAGAAGAAAGCAGCUGGGAUGUCCUCAGAGCAGGUACUGCAGUCCCCAGAGAGUGACCUCUGCUAUGCAAACCUGACCCUGCAGCAGACCAGAGCCUCCCCCAAAAAGGCCACCACAAAGCCCUCCUCCUCUGUCCAGGCUGACCAGGUGGAUGUGGAAUAUGUCACCAUGGCUCCCGUGCUGAGGGAGGACAUUUCCUAUGCAUCUCUGACCUUGGCUGCUGAGGAUCAGGAGCCGACCUACUGCAACACGGGUCAACUCACUAGCCCCAUCCCCAGCGGGGGCCCUGAAGAGUCCCUGGAAUACAGCACCAUCAGGAGGCCUUAGCCUGCACUCCAGGCUCCUUCUUGGACUCCAGGCUGUGAGCACACUCCUGCCUCCUCGGCUGUCUGUCCCCCGCUCCCCUCUUCAGGCCCAGCUGGGGACUGGUACCUCUGCCUGAUCAGCCAGCAUUGCCUCCAGCUCUAGCUUGGGCUCAGGGCCCAGUCUCAGGGGGCUUCCAAGGGCUUCAAGGAGUUAGGGUUCUCUAACCAUCCCCUCCUUUUCUACAUAGUUGAGGAGGGGGUUGGGGCUAUGUCCUGGGGCUUUCAUGGGAAUGAUAAAGAUGAUAAUGAUAAAAAUAUUAUCAUUAUUAUCAUAAAGUAUCACUAUCAUAAUACAGUGAACCUUUAUUUAUUACCUACCACAUGCCAUGGGCUGAAUAAUGGCCCCCAAAGCUGUCUGCAUCCCAAUCCUCAGAAUCUGUGACUGUUACCUUCUGUGGCAGAAAGGGACUGUGCAGAGGUAUUUAAGUUAAGGACUUUGUGAUAGGGAGAUUGUUCUUGCUGAUUCAGGUGGGCCCAAAAUCUAACCACAAGGGUCCUUAUAAGAAGGAGGCCAAAAGGUCAAAGAGGAAGAGACAAUGUGAUGAUGGAAGUGGACAUUGGUGUGAUGUGACCGGGGCCACGACUGCCACGGCCUUCAGACUCUGGAAAAGGCAAGGAAUGGAUUCCCCCUGCCUGGAGCUUUCAAAAAAACCCCAGCCCUGCCCACUCCUUGACUUGAGCCCAGUGAAACUGAUCUUGAGCUUCUGGCCUCCAGAACUGCAGGAGAAUAAAUUUGCUUUGUUUUUAAUAAGCCACGA